AUGGCUAUCGUAGAAGGCUGGCACACAGUCGACGACGGGCGAAAGCUCUACACCAAGACCUGGACACGGGAAAACCAAGCGGCCACCGCUCGGCUGGUCUUCAUCCAUGGCUUCUCCGACCACAUCAACACCUACGGCAACUUCUUUCCGAGGCUCGCAGCCCAGGGCAUUGAAGUCUACGGCUUCGACCAGAGAGGAUGGGGCAAGUCGGUGACCCAAGCCUCCGAACGAGGCCACACAGGCCCAACGGCCAGAGUGCUUGCGGACAUGACCUCGUUCAUCAAGUCAGUCCUACCCAGUCCCGUGCCCGUUUUCUUGAUGGGCCACAGCAUGGGCGGGGGGGAGGUCCUGUGCUACGCUGCUCAAGGCCCGCGUGAGAUCCGCCAGCACAUCCGUGGGUACUUGCUCGAGUCGCCUUUCGUCGACUUUGACGCAAAGUCGAAGCCGUCGUCCUUGACCGUCUUCCUCGGGAGGCUUGCGGGGAAACUACUCCCGCACAGACAGCUCGUGAACAAGCUCGACGUCCAGCUCAUCUCUCGCGACGCUGAGGCCUGCAAGCGCUUGGAAGCAGACGAGCUGUGUCACGACACGGGAACGCUCGAAGGGCUUGCGGGUAUGCUUGACCGCACCGCCGAUUUAGCUGCCGGCAAAGUCAUGAUUCCGGACGAUGCUGGGGAAGGCGGAGUGACGAGGAUCUGGAUAGGGCACGGCGACCAGGAUGGAAUCACGGCUUUCUCGGCUUCCCAGCGUCUGGCCGAUGCGCUGCAGGUCAAGGACAAGGAGUUCAGGGCGUACAAGGGCUACUACCAUCGAUUACACGACGAGCCCAGGGCUGAGGCGGAGGUGUUUAUGGACGAUGUCGCCAGCUGGAUACUCGCUCGCUCUGUAGAAGCGGUGCAAGUGGAGGGCGCGAAGCCCAGGUUGUAG